GUCACAACCAUUUAUUCGCUCCAGCUCGUCGCGCAUACUGACAGGUAGCUACGUAUGAUUAUUUGUCUUUUUUGAUCAAUAAUCACAGAGCAUUUUUCAUACUGCUUGUUCGAAGGAUAAUAGCUGAAAUAGCCGCCUGCUCUGGCAGAGCCGUUAUCUCAGACAGUUGAAUUCCCCCCUCUUCCCCUCCCAGCAUGGCUGCAGACUCGAUGGAGAUUGACGACUCUCUUUACAGUCGCCAGCGAUAUGUGCUGGGAGACAGUGCUAUGCACCAGAUGGCCAAAUCCUCGGUCUUUCUCAGUGGAAUGGGAGGGCUGGGAAUUGAAAUAGCAAAGAAUAUUGUCCUGGCUGGUGUGAAGGCAGUCACCCUUCAUGACACAAAGCAGUGUGAAACCUGGGAUCUGGGCUCCAACUUCUUUAUCCGCACAGACGACGUGUCAAGCCAGAGGAAAAGGGUGGAGGCAGUGUGCCCUCGAGUCGCAGAGUUGAACCCUUACGUCCAUGUCGACAUGUCUUCCUCUGCACUGGAUGACAACACUGAUCUCAGCUUUCUCAGAAAGUAUCAGUGUGUGAUUCUGACCGAGGCCAGAUUAAGCCUACAGAAGAGAGUGGAUGAGUUCUGCCACUCACAACGACCCCCUAUCAGAUUUAUUGGCUGUGAUGCAUAUGGCAUCUGUGUGCGGGUGUUUUGUGAUUUUGGAGAUGAGUUUGAGGUAUCGGAUCCCACAGGAGAGGAGCCCAAGGAGAUUUUCAUCCAAAAUAUCACUCAGGACAAUCCUGGGGUGGUGACCUGCAUGGACAACCAACCCCACGGCCUUCAGACAGGCCAGAGUGUUGUCUUCAGAGAGGUCCAUGGCAUGGAGGAAGUCAACGGCACUGCACGGCCGGUUUCAGUCCUUUCCCCUCACAGUUUUGCAAUAGGAGACACAUCCCAACUACAACCAUACGCACAUGGAGGUUUCUUUGUCCUGGUGAAAACCCCCAAGACAUUCAGAUUUGAGACAAUGGAGAGACAGCUGUGUGACCCUCAGGUCCUGACUGCAGACUUCAGUAAACCAGAGGCCCCUCUACAGAUCCAUGCAGCCAUGUUGGCUCUGGACACUUUUCAGGAGCAGCACAGUAGACUUCCUAACACUGGGUGUUUACAGGAUGCUGAGGUUUUACUGAAGCUAACCGAGGAAGUGAAUGCAACUCUCAGGAACCAAACUUCUGUGAAUACUGAGUUGGUGCGCUGGCUAUCGAGAACAGCGAGAGGAACUCUUCCUCCGUUAGCAGCAGCUGUAGGAGGUCUAGCCAGCCAGGAAGUUCUAAAGGCCAUCACAGGGAAAUUUGCGCCACUGCAGCAAUGGUUUUAUCUUGAUGCUGUCGAGGUAGUGAGGCCGCUUCAGUCUGUUUCUGCUGAGGAGUUUUUCCCUCGGGGUGAUCGGUAUGAUGGAUUACGAGCUUGUAUUGGUGAAUCAAUGUGUCUAGAACUGCACAAGCUCAGGGUCUUCAUGGUGGGCUGUGGGGCCAUAGGCUGUGAAAUGCUGAAAAACUUUGCCCUGCUUGGAGUGGGAUUGGCCAAGAGCUCAGGAGAGGUAUGCAUCACAGAUCCAGACCUUAUAGAAAAGUCCAACCUCAACCGGCAGUUUCUCUUCAGACCACAUCAUAUACAGAAGCCGAAGAGCACCACAGCUGCAGAAGCAACUCACGACAUCAACCCAGACCUGCAGGUGGAUGCUCACCUCAACAAGGUGUGUCCUGCUACUGAGAGCAUCUACAAUGACUCCUUCUAUUCUCGCCUGAACCUAGUGGUCACCGCGCUGGACAACGUGGAGGCCCGGAGAUAUGUAGACAGCCGCUGUUUAUCCACUCAGAGACCUCUCCUGGACUCUGGCACCAUGGGAACUAAAGGACACACAGAAAUUAUUGUGCCAAAUCUGACAGAGUCCUACAAUAGCCAUAGGGAUCCCCCAGAAGAGGAGAUCCCAUUCUGCACUCUCAAGUCUUUUCCUUCUGUCAUAGAGCACACCAUUCAAUGGGCCAGAGACAAGUUUGAGAACUUGUUUGUCCACAAGCCCUCCAUAUACAACUCGUUCUGGCAGACCCACUCCUCGGCUGAAACGGUGCUACAGAGGAUGCAGAUGGGGGAAAGUCUGGAGGGGUCAUUCCAGGUCAUUAAGCUGCUAAGCAAACGGCCUAGCCAGUGGGAACAGUGCAUCGCUAUUGCCCGUCUGAAAUUCGAGAAGUAUUUCAAGAGAAAGGCACUACAACUGCUGCAUUCUUUCCCCCUGGACACAAGGUUAAAAGAUGGAAGUUUGUUUUGGCAGUCCCCAAAAAGACCUCCAGCACCUUUUGAUUUUGACUUGAAAGACCCUUUGCACUUCACUUUCAUCGUCAGCACUGCCCGGCUCUUUGCAGCAAUUUAUAACAUCCCAUGCUCAGAAAAGGAUCUCACUGAAAAGGCAGUGACCAGGAUUCUCUCAGAUGUCAAGAUUCCCGAGUACAGGCCCUCAGAGAAAUGGAUAGAGACCGAUGAGACGGCAAAGAAACCUGAAUCAGUAAAGAUGCCUCUCAGCAGUGAAGAGGAGAGGGAGGCCAUAGCACAGCUGGAGCAGGCCAUUGCUACUGACAAUGUUUCAGCAGAGAGGCUACAGGUGAGUCCGCUGCUGUUUGAAAAGGAUGAUGAUGGCAACGGCCACAUGGACUUUGUCACAUCAGCGUCUGCCCUCAGAGCCAGGAUGUACUCCAUCGAGCCAGCUGACAGACUCAAGACCAAACGAAUCGCUGGCAAGAUCAUUCCAGCUAUUGCCACGGCAACAGCUGCUGUGGCUGGACUGGUUGCCCUCGAGCUAAUCAAGGUGAUUGGAGGCUAUGGAUUUGAAUCUUUCAAAAACUGCUUCUUUAACUUGGCCAUCCCUGUAGUGGUGCUCACUGAGCCUGCCCCCGUUAAACAGACACUUAUCAGGGACAACAUUUACUUCUCCAUCUGGGACUGUUGGACUAUCUUUGGUCAUGAGGACUUCACUCUCUCUGACUUCAUGAAUGCAGUGAGGGAAAAGUAUGGAAUCGAACCUACUAUGGUCGUCCAUGGGGUGAAGAUGCUCUAUGUGCCUGUGAUGCCUGGACACUCAAAGAGACUUAAACUAACGAUGCUGAAACUGAUCAAACCACCAGUGGACCGCCGCUACAUUGACCUCACCGUGUCAUUCGCUCCAGAGGCAGACGGGGACGAUGACCUCCCUGGUCCUCCUGUCAGGUACUUCUUCAGCCGCAAUGGAGAGACACCAUGACACCUUUCUAGAUGUCGUCCACAAACCUCUUGUGUCCUUAAUUCCCUUCUUUCAUGUAAAUUGUUGUACCCCAAUAAUCUGGGCCAGGGCCAAGAGCACCAGCCCCCCUGUACGUAACGGAGCAAGAAAAAGGCCAGUCCUGGUCCCAGUUUUUCUUGUCCCAGAUCUAGCCAACACGAGGCUGCUUGAGUAGCACUUAACUGUACCUGUGUACAUAUAUUUUCUCCGUUCUGUUUUCUACUCCCGUGAAAUGCACAGCUGCGCCUGUGUCGAUGCCUUAAUUGAUAACCUUUUUUUGUUUGUGGCAGUGAGUCUGACUAAAACCUAUGUUUACAGAAACCUGCAUCCUCCCAACACACAACCCCAUUAGACUCAUUCUGUUCUAAGUCUGCUCGGCCCUAAAGGGAGGCGAUGGCAGGACAGUUGGCAUCAUAUCCCCUUCCUCAGAGUCCUCUCAUUGGCUUUGAAAUUUUUGCCAACCACAGAGUUUGCCAGGCGUUGGUCAUCUCCCUUUAUAGAAACAGGUCCAGCCAAUAAUUGUUCUAUAAUUUAGAUGUGCAAAAGGUCAGUGGACAAUGACAAAAUCACCAAAGAUACUGAUUAUCAUUGUGUCUGCAGAUGAUUCAUCACUUUGACUGCCUCAUAAAAAACACAUUUAUAUCACGGGGAUGGAUAUUACCCAAACAUUAUUGAGCAACACAUGCUGGCAGCACAUGUUAUGAUGCACGUCAAUUCUUUGAGAUAUGCCACUAUCCUGUUGAUGAGUCUACGCUUCAGAAAAGCAGAAUUUUUAUUACAUUUCUCACCUGUCAACUGACAUGCAUCAUAUAAGGCAGCAGCUGUGUGUUGCACCUAACUUUAUGGGUAAAACCACCACCUAAUAGAAGCUGUUAGUCGUACCUAUCAUGUGAAAUAUUCAAUGACAGAAUUGACAUCAGUUAACACAAUUGGGUAAACAAUAUGUUUGUCAUUAGAUAAUGUCAUGAGUUCAGUGGCUGUUUCUCACACAGAGAAGGUUGGGUUUUUUUGACUGACAUGAAACAUCUGUACCACCAUCUGGGAUCACACUCCGACGGUUUUAAAAUAUCUGUUGUUUUUUUUAAACAAAAUCUGUGCUGUUCACAAUUUAUUUGUUUAUAAAUGUGUCCAUGACUUGUAUUUAUUUACUUGUUACUCAUUUUUGUCACUUUUUUGUGUCAAACUGAGCCUGUGUUGAUCAGCUCUGUGGAGUCAUGGUGCACUGGUUAAUUGUGAAUCAACAAUGAACAAAAAUCAUACUAAAAGUGUUAAAGUAAGUCAUUUGUGUGUUUCCUUCCAGUUGAAGAUUGUGGAAGAGGUCUUUGAAACAGCCUGCAUUGGCUUAUAUUGGCAAUAAAGUCAAUGUAGUUUUGAAUGGCAUCAUUUAAAUGUUUUCUUUGUCCACCUGUGGAUAGUCCACUAACAGGUUAAUUAAAACUAAAGUCACACAAAAUGCUUCCUCGACCACAUUUAUUUUUUUCCCCAAUAACCAGAGGUGGUGAAUUUCACUUUGCACAGAAAAUGUCAUAUCAAAUUGACAACAUUUCUUGUGCAGCGAAUGUCAUUAGUGUAAAACAAAACAGUGUUAACGUGUGACAAGGAUAAUGAUGUAUGUUCCUGUGACCGACAGUUCAACCAAUGGUCCAAUAAAAUGUGAGAUUUCAGGAUGUCCUCAAGACUAAAACUGCUCUGUCUUUUUUGUAAAUGCAACACAACUAUUAGUUGUUUAACAGAAAAAUAUUAGUGUUCAAUUGUUUUAGUCAAUUCUUCAAGCAUAACUUGUGAAAAAGGCCAAAUAUUCUCCUGUUCCAGCUGAGAGGAUUUCAGCUACCGGUAAAUAUCUUUGGGUUUGGGACGUUUCUUGAAUAAAACGAGACAUCUGUACAUGUUGG